AGAGGAAGCAGAAGCCAUCAACAAGAUAUGUGAAACUUCUUAUGCGAGCUGCCACUUCGAUCAGACCGGUUCACUGAGAGGGAUGGGAGUCCUACCGGGGAGAAGCCUUUUAUCUGUGCUCUUCUUCAUUAUACUGCUGUCAGAAGGACACUUUCGAUGGGUUGAGGCCCAGCACUGUGUGUGGUAUGGUGAGUGUGGGGAGUCCGAAAAGGUGCACGGAAAAAAGUACAACUGCAACUACACUGGUCCUCCCCGCCCGCUGGACCCUACGGGUUAUGACCUUCUCACGGAGCUUUGUCCUGGAUAUGACUAUGGAGACCGAAGCCUCUGCUGUGAUGUGAACCAGUUGCACACUCUCAAAGGGAGUCUCCAGCUGCCCCUUCAAUUCCUGUCUCGAUGUCCCUCCUGUUUCUUCAACCUGAUGAACCUUUUCUGUGAGCUGACAUGCAGCCCUCACCAGAGUCAGUUCAUGAACGCCACCAAGAUCAACGCGACCAGUGUGGAGGAAGUGCAGUAUUAUAUUGGACAGACAUUUACUAAUGCCAUGUACAAUGCCUGUAAGGACGUCCAGGCACCAUCCAGCAACGUGAAGGCCUUAUCUCUGCUGUGUGGGAAGGAUGCAAAGGACUGCAAUGCUACCAACUGGAUCCAGUAUAUGUUCAAUAUUAACAACGGACAGAGUCCCUUUCCUAUCAUCCCGAUAUUCACAGAUGUCCCGGUGUCUGGUUACACUCCCAUGAACAACAAGACAUAUGCCUGUACAGAGGGCCUGGAGGACGGUUCAGGUCCCUGCUCCUGUCAGGACUGCGCAAAUGCCUGUGGACCCAAACCUGUACCUCCCCCUAUCCCCCCUCCCUGGACAAUCCUUGGCAUUGAUGCCAUGAACGUCAUCAUGUGGAUCUCUUACAUGGCCUUCCUGCUCAUCUUUAUUGGAGCUGUACUGGGAGCUUGGUGUUACAGGAAAAGGACCGUCAUGUCUGAGUAUGGCCCCAUAUUGGACAGCAACAACCCACUGUCUCUCAACAGUGAUAAUCCUGACCAAGUAAAUGCAUCAUGCUGUGAAACAUUGGGCGAACGCUUCGAGAACACUCUGCGGACCCUCUUCAGCUCCUGGGGUUCCUUCUGUGUGCGGUAUCCCUCUGUGGUCAUACUGGGCAGCCUGAUACUGGUGGUUGCUUCCUCUGGGGGCCUGGUCUACAUGCGCAUCACCACAGACCCUGUGGAGCUGUGGUCUUCUCCCUCUAGCCAGGCUCAUCAAGAGAAGGACUACUUCGACAGCCACUUCGGACCCUUUUUCAGAACUGUGCAGCUCAUCAUAACCACUCCACUCAAUGACUCGUUUAUCUACUCCCCGUACUUUGGAGGAUCAGAUGUGCCAUUUGGAGCCAUCCUGGACAAAGACAUCCUGCACCAGGUGCUGGAUCUGCAGCUUGACGUCGAAGGCAUUGUAGCCACAUAUGAAGGCCAAAUUGUCACCUUGGAGGACAUCUGCUUGGCUCCGCUGGCUCCGUACAAUAACAACUGCACCAUCUUGAGUGUCCUCAACUACUACCAGAACAGCCAUGCUGUGCUGGACCACAGCAUAGGAGACGACUUCUACGUCUAUGCCGACUUUCACAGCCACUUCCUCUACUGUGUCAGUGCACCAGCAUCCCUCAAUGACACCACUCUCCUCCACGACCCCUGUUUAGGCACCUAUGGUGGCCCCGUCUUCCCUUGGCUGGCCCUUGGGGGUUACGAUGAAACCAACUACAACAAUGCCACUGCUCUAGUGAUCACCUUCCCACUCAACAACUACCUGAAGGACCCUGUCAGGCUGGGCAAAGCUCUGGCAUGGGAGAAAGAAUUCAUCAAGUUCAUGAAGAACUUCAACAAUCCUAACCUGACCAUAGCGUUUAGUGCUGAGAGGAGCAUUGAAGAUGAAAUAAACAGAGAGAGCAACAGUGACAUCAGCACCAUAGUAGUCAGCUAUGCCAUUAUGUUCAUCUACAUCUCCCUGGCUCUGGGUCACAUCCAGAGCUUCAGGAGAGUGAUGGUGGACUCUAAGAUUUCUCUGGGUAUAGCGGGUAUCCUGAUUGUGCUCAGCUCUGUGUCCUCCUCACUGGGGAUCUUCAGCUAUUUUGGCAUCCCCCUCACCCUCAUUGUGAUCGAGGUCAUUCCUUUCCUGGUGCUGGCUGUUGGAGUGGACAACAUCUUUAUUAUAGUACAGACGUAUCAGAGAGAUGAGCGGAUGCCCCAGGAGGAACUACACCAGCAGAUUGGUCGUAUUCUUGGAGACGUAGCCCCGAGCCUGUUACUCUCCUCCUUCUCAGAGACGGUGGCCUUCUUCCUGGGAGCUCUGUCCAACAUGCCUGCAGUGAGGACUUUCUCCAUGUUUGCUGGCUUGGCUGUUUUUAUUGAUUUCCUGUUGCAGAUCAGUUGCUUUGUCAGCUUGCUCGGCUUGGACGCCAGACGACAGGAGGCGAAUCGACUCGACAUCUUUUGCUGUGCGGAGCUGCCGGACGGUCAGGAAGCUAAGACGGACAGCUUGCUCUUCCGUUUUUUCAAGAAAAUCUUCGCCCCGUUCAUCCUCAAAGAGUGGGUGCGACCGAUCAUAGUAGCGGUGUUUGUGGGAAUGCUCUCCUUCAGUAUUGCUGUAGUGAAUAAAGUAGAGAUUGGACUGGACCAGAAACUCUCCAUGCCUGAUGACUCGUACGUGCUGGACUACUUUAAGAACCUGAGCAUGUAUCUCAACACGGGAGCCCCAGUGUACUUUGUGGUAGAGGACGGUCUCAACUACAGCAAUCCAGACGGCCAGAACGCUGUGUGUGGAGGAGUCGGCUGCAACAACGACUCUCUGGUCCAGCAGGUCUACAGCGCCUCACUCAUCAGCAACUACACAACCGUUGCCUUCACGCCGUCCUCUUGGAUUGACGACUACUUUGACUGGGUGAAGCCGCAGUCGUCCUGCUGUCGAUACUACAACACCAGCGGAGCUUUCUGCAAUGCCUCUGUGGUAAACUCCUCCUGUGUUCACUGUCGGCCCAUGACCCCCAGUGGAAAGCAGAGGCCAGAAGGAGAGGACUUCAUGCAGUUUCUACCCAUGUUUCUGUCAGACAAUCCAAACAUCAAGUGUGGAAAAGGCGGCCAUGCAGCCUACGCCACAGCAGUUGACCUUUAUCCCAACAACACCGGGGUCGGAGCCACCUACUUCAUGACCUACCACACCAUCAUGAAAGAAUCCCCAGACUUCAUAGAUGGUUUAAAAAUGGCCCGAAUCCUGGCCCACAAUAUCAGUCAAUCCAUGAACCACACAGUUUUUGCCUACAGCGUCUUCUAUGUGUUUUACGAGCAGUACCUCACCAUUGCGUACGACACAGCUCUGAACUUGAGCGCGUCACUGGUAUCCAUAUUUGUGGUGACGACGGUGCUGUUGGGCUUCGAGCUGUGGUCAGCCGUGGUCGUCAGCCUCACCAUCGCCAUGAUCCUGGUCAACAUGUUUGGCGUCAUGUGGCUGUGGAACAUCAGCCUCAACGCAGUAUCCCUUGUCAACCUGGUCAUGUGCUGUGGCAUCUCGGUGGAGUUCUGCAGUCAUAUUGUGCGAGCUUUUUCCAUCAGUGUGAAGAAGAACCGAGUGGAGCGGGCUGAGGAGGCCCUGGCUCACAUGGGCAGCUCUGUAUUCAGUGGGAUCACAUUAACAAAGUUUGGAGGUAUCCUAAUCCUGGCGCUUUCCAAGUCACAGAUCUUCCAGGUCUUCUACUUUAGGAUGUACUUGGCCAUAGUGUUGCUGGGAGCCACGCACGGCCUCAUCUUCCUCCCUGUACUGCUCAGUUAUAUCGGUCCUUCAGUGAACAAAGCAAAGGUGUUCGCUGAUAACAAGCGCUAUGCUGGUACAGAAAGGGAGCGCCUCCUCAACUACUAGCAAGGCUGUUUGGGACAGUGAACAAUGAACUAUUUGUCUGAGAAGGACUGUGUGUGGGUGUGAGCGCAAGCCGUUUCUAUGAUUACUGACACACUCAUCGUUGCCACUACUAUGCACGGAUUAACUCAGGAAUAUACUUGGAAAUAGGAGUGUCAGAGGACUGCAGACUUAUUGAUUUUUUUUCUCAGAAGACUUUGGACUCCCACCAUUCCUCCUCCUCACACUACAGGACAAGCCUGACUUUAGCAUUUGAGGCAUGAGCGACGUACCACUGAACAAAAAAACGCCACUUUGACGUUGUGGAAGUAGGAGAGACGCCACCCCCAACAUCAGUUUACAGACAAACUCUCAGUCAGUUCCAUAUGCUAUGAGCUAUUUUGAUUUUGGAAAAACUUAAAAAGGGUAAAACUAGUUAGUUUUUUUCAUGUUUUUUAAAUAUAUACCAGAAAGACAAUGCGUAUAAUAGGAAAUUAUUUUGAAACGUUUACUUACGUGGGACUUUUGUAGAACUAUUUGAUAUAUUAUGAAUCAUUUAUUGACCCGAAGACGGCGCACAAUGGAGCUAACAGAUAAAAAUAAUGAUAUCAUAGGCCCUCAUAAUACCUGGCAUUAACAUCAUAUCCGGGGCUGUGUCGACAUACUGUAUUAUAAACCAGACCAGCUUGUUGUAGCAUUCUCACCUAGCAAUAAUGUGCUUCCUGUGCCUCUUGUACAAAUUUGGACAGCAAUGUUUUCACUCCAGCACACUGGAUUUGAAAUGAAGUUUGAGUUUUCAGCUUAAACGGUUUUUAGGCGUGUUCACAUCCAUGAAGGUCAUGUUGCCCCUUUUACCUUUUGGGAGUGUACAUAACAAAAGCCUACAACCUCAACAUGGAUGUGGAUGUAAACAGCCUCAAAACUGAAACCUCAAAGUCAUUGCUUCAUUUCAAAAUCAGAGUACUGAUAGAGGCAAAACAAAAACAGUCCACGUUCUUGUGCACACAGCACUCUUCAUUCAGGUGUUGCAUGUUGCUCUCCAACCUGCAUCCUGCCUCGUCUUUUUAUUUCUACAUUGGAAGCUAUUUACAUGAUCCGGUGCAACAUUUCAUUUUAGAGCUAGUUAAUGUAUCUUAAGUGUCCUUCUGAAGUGUUCGCAUGACUAGAUUGUUGGUCCCUCUCGGGUAUUGUUACAAAAAAAACAAACUGUGACAUCAGUCAAGAUACAUGUUGAUGCCAGGUGUGAAGGGUGCUAUAAGGCGAAUAAUGGUUUUACAUCGACGUUUAAAUGAGACAUUUUGCAGUUACUGAACAGAGCAUUUGUUGCAUUAAGAGGUGACGAGAAAAAGCUUUACAUUUAACUGUUAAUAGCUUACACAGGACUAAUUUAGAUGUAUUCCUUCAUCAUCUAGAAUGUGUUGGUACAGAAUACUGUAGAAUGAUUAUAAUGGUACAGUCCUGAGUUUUUCCAUUCCAACACAUUUAAGUUAUUUUUAUUUUAUUUUAACUAUUAACAAUUUGUUAAGUAAAGGAAUCUUUUUUUUUUAUCUUUUAUUUCAAGGAAAACCAAAAACAUCCCACUCGGACAUGUUGAGGUGCAUCGUUUAAUUUGAAUAGGGUUGUAACAUAAUCGGAAGAGGAUGUUAACAUUUUACCCGCAUAAAAUCUGCAUGGAUCUUAAAGGUGCUCUAUACAAUAUUUAGAACAUUAUUAUAGCAGCAUACAACAGUCUGCUAUGUAAAGAUAUAGAGGAGUAACAUCUACCUGAGCAGAGAAUGAAGUCACUCUCUCUGCAUGUUGUAAACCGAGCUUCUCUGUGCUUUAUUGACAUAGCCGUGUGUGCUUUUAAUUCAUGUGAGCGUACCCCACUGGCUAGCUCACAUACGGUGGUUACAGCUGAUAACGUCGUUCCAGCCGUGCAGAAGCAAUAGAAAUGCUCCCAAUCUCUCAUUUAGCACCUUUUAAAAGGAACAGUACCAUCCCUUGUUUUUAGUUUUUUUGGCGCUAUUUGUUUUCCACGAUGCAGUUUUUUUUGUGUGUUUUUUUGUAAUGUAAGAAAAAAUUGUGAAAAAUGUUUAUGAGCAGCCGACUGAAUAAGUUGGAACAUGAAUAACAAAGGAAUAUUGUGCUUGUUAACAGUGCUGUGCAUUGAUGUGGACAAAUCAUCUCUGGCAUUGAAGAAUAUGAUUGUGGAAAAAGAAAGUUUUUAACAAUUUUAACACACAUUAAAUAGUUCACAGAAAAGUA